GAACAUCUUGUCUGGCCGUCGGUUCGUGCAUUCGUCACCUUCGCUCGUUUUCGCCUGCUGCUGCUUCGCUUAUUUUCAUAAAGCCAUACCAAACGAUCCCAUCUGCCGGGCCAACACUCAGUCCGCAAUUCAGUAUUUGAUCAAAGUGCUCCGAGUCUGGUUGCGCUUUUGCUCACACGUUGUCAUUGCGGUCGCUAUUUACUGUUAAAGGGCUGUGGCAUCCUUCGUGCGCGUUUAACGUCACUCAUCGACGCCAUCGUUAUCUGUGCUGACCUCCGUUUACUCUGUACAGAGUCGUCUAUCGUCUAUUAAAAACUCGGAAACUCGCUUGUAGGCUAGUUAGUCUUCGUAGCGCUUGUGAAUUAAAAAACGUAAUUACUUAAUACAAAAAACGCGACGCAGAAAUUCGUUAUAAAAAACCGACUAUCGUGUCGCACAAAAUCGGUCGAAACCCAACAACUGGGAAAGUUAAUUGAUAGUGAAAAGCCUGUAGCUUCGUGCAAAGCUUUGGAAAACUCAUACGGGCAUAAUUGUGGCCAGCGAAAAGGUUUCACAGCAGUAAACCGCAAUCUGUUGAUAUUUAACUCUUUGGAUUUUUCGCUUGGUGCAUUUGUCAUAUAAUUCCAUUCAAAACGGCGCAGAAAUUCAGUCCACUCAAGCGCAAAACCGUUGCAGAGCCGACACAUCAACUCCUCAGCAACAACAGUCGCGCACCACUCAGCAACAUGUCGCAGUUGAUGUUUUGGAACAAACAGAACAACAACAACAACAUAAAGAAUCAAUCCAACGAUAGCAAUAAAAAUGAUAAAAACGGUGCUACGGAGGAUGCGAAAAAGGACAAGCGCAAUUGGUUGCAUACGCCCGAUGCACUCGUCAAUGGCCACGUCGUCUAUCUAGUCAAGUUCUUUGGGAAUUUACCUGUGGAGCAGGCCAAAGGCAUUGAAGUGGUUAAAGAUGCCAUACGUAAGCUGCAGUUCGCCCAGGAGAUGAAGAAGGCCGAGACGGGUACUCAGGAAAAGUGUAAAAAAGUCGAAAUCACCAUCAGCGUGGAUGGUGUCGCUGUACAAGAGCCGCGCACACAGAAGAUUCUGCAUCAAUUCCCGUUGCACAACAUUUCGUAUUGUGCCGACGAGAAGGGUGUGAAGAAGUUCUUUAGUUUUAUUGCCAAAACAGUAAAGCCACUGGAUGGGGGAAUCAAUGGCUCCUCCACGGGUAGCAGCAACGGCGUGAGUAGCUCCAACGGCAGUAACAGCACCGGUGGCAGUAACACUGAGGAGACACAUGAGUGCUUCGUAUUCAUAUCUAAUAAAUUGGCGUCGGACAUUACGCUAACCAUCGGACAGGCGUUCGACUUGGCUUACAAAAAAUACAUAAACAGCGUUGAGAAGACAGAUCUGGGCAAGGCGCAGCAGCAGAAUGCCGAGCUGGAAAAAGCGAUCGCCAUUUACAAAAGUCGACUGCGCGAGUUAUCGUUGAAGCUGCCAAAAUCCGAACUGGAUUCGGUGCUUUUCAAAAUGGGCAUCAAAGAUAUACUGGAUCUGCCCGCUGCUGAAAAUGACGCACUAACCAAUGGCAACGCCACCAAAGCGAACAUGCUUGAAGAUAAACUGUUGAUUGACACCAAUUCCUUGCAUUCGAUGAAGUCAUCGUCGGGAUCGUCGUCGUCCUUUGUGCCAAUCGUGCCGCCACGCAACAAUCUACCAAGCCAAAUCAUACACAAAUCGAAUAGCCAAAAAAUGGAGGAGCUGCUUCUCAACUCCGACUCAGACAGUGACUUCGAUCCGCGCGCCGAAGAGUGCGUCGACGGCGGGAGCAGCAGCAGCAGCGGUGGCGGCAAGAACAUUAGCAACGAUCUGUUCGGCUUUGAGCCAGCCAAAUCAUAUGGCCAACAAUUAUUCACCAAUCAGAGUAACAACAACAACGAUAGUAAAUCAGUGAAUAACAACCACAACGGCAUUAAUUUGAGUUUGAGCAGCGCCAGUGUCGGCAACAACAGCAAUAGUUUAAGCAACAACAAUUUUACAAGCGACCUAACGCCGCCGUUACUGGCUCCUCCGCCUAAAGUGGCCGCACCCAGACGCAGUACAUCGGUCACGAACAACAUCACAAGCACAAACAACAAUAAUAACAUAACCGUGACCAACGGCAAUACAGAUCUAUUCGGCUCAGAUCCAUUCGAAAUAAAUAAUGGACCCAGUAUUUUCAAGAGCAAGAUGAUGAGUGUAGAUGACUUCACGUUGGAAAGUUUGGAUCCAUUGCGAAAGUAAGCCGGUCGCGCCAUUCUGAGCGUCGUCGAAGCCUCUUUAUAUUGAUUACGUGAACGCUCCAACAAAUGCUUCCAACUCCAAAUGAACCUUUAGAAUAACUAAAUAAUAUGAUCGCAUAUCUGCAACGCACGGCGCUAAGGCGUCCAUUUGGAGGCAUACCUAGUAUUUUCAAUGCCGAAGCGACACAAAUGCUUAAAACUGUAAUAUGUUUGCAUCGAAUAUUUGUAUACAUUUAUUUACACAUACACACACAUACAAGCAGUUAUAGAUUUUAUGUAUAUACGGAUGCAUUAGAUAACUAUUUUGUAAGAUUAAUUAACGCUUGUGAGAGCACGGCCUUACAAUGAUACGUAUGCAUGUAUAAUUAUUAUGUAGAUUCAGUCGGAAAAAUCAACUAAAUUCGUGCUUCCUUUAAAUAACUGUAUUAUUUCCUAUUUGCAAGUAUUUGUUUCUGUUUUCUCCUCUCUUUCUGUAAUUGAACCAUUUAGCGGCGGCUUAAGUCCAACAGUUUCCCUAUAAAGUGUAUUUUUUGCGCUCCUUAAUGCUCCGCUAAUGAUGACCCCAUAAAUAUGAUAAAUGAUGUGUAUAAAAUUAUU